UUUGGACAUAUUUUAUUUUUUCUCACAAUGCUUCUGGUGUAUUCGUGGAUAUGAAGUAUGGGAGAUUCGUAACACACUGACAAAGAAAGUCCAUACCUAGUCCACCCGUUAUCGCAUUAGCAGUAGUAUAGCAAUCAAAGUUAAUCUAAACAACAUACAAUGUUGGAAUGUGAUGGUAGCUUGUAUCGGCUAUCUGAUAUCGUCUAAUUACUUUCUGGACCUUCUGUGCAGUAUUCCCGGUUGCUCACCAUUCUCGCAUCGCCAUCGUAGAGUGUAUAAUGAUUGAGUCAAUCACCACAGAGAUCCAUUCUUAUUGAAUCAGGUUUUUUUCAAUCUUCAGCACCACCGUUUCUUUCUGGAAACAUAAUUAUAUCAGUCAUUUUAUCGAGUUUCAGAGGAGGAGAGAUUCAGAUACAACUUUAAAAAGUUGAUUAAUCAUGAAGACUUUAGUCAUCUUCCUUUUCUUUGCUGCAACGUUAUACACAUACGCCAAUCCCGUUGAUUACGCUUGCCCCCACGGUUGGACUCAACGACAUGGGUUCUGUUACCGAUUCUUCGAAGAGACGCUACCCUGGUCGGAUGCAGAGACAAGAUGCCAUGAACACUUCGACUCCUUCGGCAUAGCUCAUCUCGUAUCCAUUCAUGACCAAGCCGAGAACGACUUCAUCUACCAAACAUUCAUCUCAGGAAUUCGUGAUAGAUAUAGCCCAGACACCAAUCUUCCAUCUGGGAUUUGGAUAGGAUUCUACCAAGAGGUACAAGAUGGUCCAUGGGUGUGGUCUGAUGGUUCCUCAAACGAUUUCAACCACUGGUUACCAGGACAACCUGAUAACGGCUACCACGCACGAGGUCGACUUAAUGAAGACUGCGUCAUCAUUUGGAGAAUCGACAACGACUCGGAAUCUACACGACAAUGGGACGAUGUACAAUGUAACACCCAUGGAGGAAUGAGUUUCGUCUGUAAGAUGCCGGCUGUGGCCGAGUCUAAUAAUAUUUUAUGACUCUAAUAAUAUCGAUAUAAUUCAAAGCAGUUUAUGUAUAAGAACACAAAUUCAGAUUUCAUUCCUCUAUUAGAGUGAAUUUUUAAGAAUGACUUAAGUUUGCGUUGAUUCUCGAUGCCUACCAAUUUUCAUUGAGUUUAUCAAGGUAAAGCCAAUUUCAUAUUCUUGUAGUCUAAAAAUAUAGUAAAAUAAAUGAUUGACACAUUUCUGUGCUUAUCAUAAUGAAAUCAAAUUUAUUCCAAUAACAUAGUCAUGGUUUUGGUUUCUUCUUGAACAUUUAAAAUUGCCAGUUACCAUGAACUUUUUUUUAUUGUCGAUCUUAUACAACAAUGAAAAUGCCACUUUAAGAUAAGAAUGCAAAGAAAUUUCGAGUGUGUAUUAUAAUCAUCACUCUCAUUUACAUUUAUCACCCAUGUUUUUUCAACAAAACUUUUUUGAAUUCUGGAUAAUAAAAUCAUUCGUAUAUUGAAUCAGUAUGACCCUGAUAAACGUUGAAACCGACAGAACCAUGUAUACCGUGUAUUUGACGACAGGCUAUUAGAUGUAUAAUGACUAUGAUGUGUUCAACUUCUACACAUCGA